UUCUCCGACGUUUGCUUCCUAGUAUAUCCUUGGAACCGUGGACAGAUGGUAGUCACGAGCACGAUCAGUCCAUUGCUGCAAUUCGCCCUUCGAAGAUACGCCGUGUGGCCGGGCGUUCCCUACGUCAACGUUCGCCGACUGAUUUACGUGUUGAGCCUAGUCGUCAUACAAUACUUUCAAUAUGUAUUCAUAUAUAUGAUCAUUAAGAAUGGCGAACUGCAAAAUCUCAUGUAUACUAUACCGCAGACCAUGUAUUAUACUUUGAUCCUCGUCAAGCUGAUAACACUUUGGAAGUACGAUCGCCUGGUUCGCGAAGUACUGGCCACUGUGGAGACUGAUUGGCGCGAGUGCGUGAAAGACGAUCAACACUUACACAUAAUGACGACAAAAGCUAAACUCUCGAGUUUUUGCGCACACGGCUUGUUGAUUAUGAGCUCGUUCGAUGGCUUAUUCUGCUUCGGAGGCGAAAACAUGCUGGCUAUAGCGGAUAUGCUGAAAGGUGAAAAUGUUACUGCACGACCGUUUCCGAUGAGGGUAGUGUUCCCCUCAGCGGCCGAGCAAUCGCCGGUUUACGAGCUGCUUGUCAUAAUCUUGUUUCUGCAUGGAAUGUUGACAACAUUUCUCGUUAAUAUUAUAUCCGGUCUAGUCCUUUCUCUGGUAUUUCAUGCAUGUGGACAAAUCGAAAUCACAUGUCAAGAGCUGAAAAAUAUGUCUAAGAAAAUGAUGUGUAGUGAAUCUCCACAUUUUCCUACAGGAGUGCUGGUCGAUAGGCACAAUAAUGUCAUCACAUUUGCUAAGAAUGUUGACAAGCUUUUCUCCUUCAUAGCUCUGAUGCAAGUUUUCUUUAAUACCAUGGUAGUCUGCUUCCUAGGACUCUUCCUUAUGACAUCUCAUAAUGAAGAUGGUAUUGCCUUGUUCAAAGGCUUAUUUGGUUACGCCGCCAUAACGGCAGAAAUUUUUACCUUUUGUUUUGUUGGAGAAUACCUAAGCAUAAAGAGUAGAUCACUCGGCGAUGCAGGGUACGAAACUUUAUGGUACAAUAUGUCGCCCAGUAAUAGUAAAGAUAUAUUAUUCAUAAUUAUGAGGUCUCAGAAGCAAUUGACCUUCACGGCUGGAGGAUUGACGGAUUUAUCGUUGGAACUCUUCAGCAGCAUUAUGAAAGCGUCCGCGUCAUAUAUGUCUGUUUUGAAUGCGAUGUAUUGACGCUGUUUAAAACUAUAGAAUGACAGUAUUAGCGGUAAAUGUAAUUAGUAAAGGCUGACAAUUUAGAAACUAAUCAAUA